CCUCCACCGCGGGAGAACCGGAAGCAGCUUCCUGGGGGCGCUUCCCGGCUUCUCCCCGACAACGCGGGGCCGUCUUUCCCUGCCCGGAGGAGUGUCUAUAAAGAGAGUUUCAUCACCUUGAAGAUUAAAACUCAGCAGUCCUGAACUAUUUCCAGCCCAGAUGUCUGCAAAAUUGAGAGAGUUAUUAACUGUCCAUCCACAAACUUCGGAUGAGCCAGAUAGCCUUUUGGUAGUGAAGAUGGAGGAGGAAGAACAGGCCUGUGAUCUGGACUCCAGCCUGCAUGGGAACAGCCACUACAGCACAGAGACCUUCCGCCAGCGGUUCAGGCAGUUUGGCUACCAGGAUUCUCCUGGGCCCCGGGAGGCGCUGGGCCGGCUCAGGGAGCUUUGCUGUCGGUGGUUGAGGCCGGAGGUGCACACCAAGGAGCAGAUCCUAGAGCUGCUGGUCCUGGAGCAGUUCCUGGCCAGCCUACCUGAGGAGCUGCAGGCCUGGCUGCUAGAGCACCAACCAGAGAAUGGAGAGGAAGCCGUGGCUAUGUUGGAGGAGCUGGAGAGAGAGCUUGACGGGCCAGCUGAGCAGGUCUUUUGUGGACAAAAUGAGGACAUGCUUGCAGAGAAGCCAGCACCUUGGGAAAACAGGCAGGAGUUACCAAGUAGCCGACCCAAGCCAGAGAAGUCGCAGCUGCAGCGGGCAUCGUGGGAGUUUCACUCCUUAACACAAAACGAUAAAUACACUGGAACUAUAAUUGAAAAGUCUGCUUCAAAAGAAAAGACUUUUUCCGGCCCAGGAUUGCAUUGUAGUAUUUCUAAUAUUCUACCUAUGACAGCUUCCCAGAAUUUCAACUAUGCAGGAACCUGUGAACAAGAUGGCAGGUUUGAAAGAAGACAGGAAAACCCGUCUCGAAAAAAACAACACAAGUGUGAUGAAUGUGGCAAAAUCUUUAGUCAGAGCUCAGCCCUUAUCCUACAUCGGAGAAUCCAUAGUGGAGAGAAACCCUACGCAUGUGAUGAGUGUGCAAAGGCUUUCAGCCGAAGCGCGAGCCUGAUUCAGCAUCGAAGAAUCCACACUGGGGAGAAACCCUACAAGUGUCAUGACUGCGGGAAAGCCUUCAGUCAGAGCUCCAAUCUUUUCAGACAUAGGAAAAGACACACUAGAGAAAAAGUCCAUCAGCAUUUACUCAGAGCUUUUUCAAUGGGAGAGAAGACACAGGACAGAAACACCCCUUAGUAUAAAUAUUAGUAUUAAACUGUGACUUCAGUAGGAAUCAGUUUCCUUUCAGAGGCCACACAAGCCACAGAGAUGAUGUGGACUGUCUUAUGCAGUUGCUUGCUUUUCUGCUCAUCAGCAGUGUUCCAUUGGGUGCUUGAGAUUCUAAAGCUGACUUCAGAUUUCCAUCCCCAGCGUAGCUCUUGAAAAGACAUUCUCAGACAUAAUCUGCUAUUUCCAUUACUAACACAAAUAAUGAACUAGAAUAUUCCUUUUUAGACAGAAACCACUUUUCCUGUUGAGAAGGCAUGUGUGAGUUACUCACUAUAAAAAUGGAUAUUUCCUUCCAUUUCCUAAUCUGGGCUUUGGAGUUCUUACACUAGAGAUUUUAGUACUUUUUAAAAAGGUUUCCCAUCUGGUUUUUGUCACCAGAUUCAAGAUAGGGAGAUAGGAAGUUGUCCCCCCAAAUAUGUACCUCAAAACCUGGGCAGAAAUGUCCAGGGUCAUUAUUAGGAAGCAGGUGGGUAAAGGGACUCAACCUAAAACAACCUUUAAAAUAUAGUUUGGAAAAAACUCACUGAGAAUCUUAAGAUGACUUUACAUGUCUAGAGGGAUGAUCUAAACAUGAGAAAUGUUCUAGUUAAAAAUAGGGCUGCCUAUGGGUGUUUAUAUAAGGUGGAUGAUACCCAGAUAAAGAAAUGGGGAGAUGAUGAAAAAGCUGUUUAGGUGGAGCUGAGCUAACAGGAAUAUUGGCAACUGUGACAUUUGCAAGAAGUUUACCUGGAGAAGGAAACCCUUAGCAGCUGACCACUAUCCUUCACUGUUUCAUUUGCUCCCUUUUCUGGCACAGUCAGCUGGGUAUGUGUUUCAGGCAUCACAGGACAGCCAUUUCAGGGUCUUACACAUUCUUAGAUGAGUUUCUAGACGAGUGUCACAAAGUGAGAGCCUGGAUUUCAGUGCUCUUGUACAAAUGAAGAAAUUGUUAAAGUUCAAUUUGAAGGAUUCCCCCAAAGUUUUACACAUAUUGAAUUACACAAAUCAGAUUCCCUGUUGAAAUAGAAAAGGACUGAUGUGUGUUAUUAAAAUUAUUCUGACAGUAUACAGUAUAAUGUCCCCUUCUCCAGGAAUUCUUGACCAAACUGUGGUGUAUUAGAAGAAUGCAUGUAUUAUGUUUUCUAGGCUGCUAUGGUUGCCCCAGAUGGAGGCAAAUCUUAGAAAUGAAAGUUCUUGGAAGAAGGGAAGAGGAGGCUCAUGGUGAACCUAUGUCUGAUGGGUUCCUCAUGAACUGUAAACAUUUCACUAACAAGAAAUCCAGUAGCUAGUGCUUUGAGUAAUUCCAGGAACAAAUGUGGGACUAGUCUGCUCUGCUUAGUUAAUAUAUUCAUAAAUAUAAGAUUAGUAGCAGAAGUGAAUAUAAAUUUUAAUUAUAGCAUUUUCUGAUAGUGAUUAUCCUUUCCAGUUCUAGUGAAUAUAAAUAUAUAUUGGAUUUUGUAUACUUUCAGUUGUUAAGAAUGUUGAGUUUUUUUAUUUGGGGCUCAUGCUCUUUGUAAUUAAAGAGAGGAACAAGCCAUCUAUUAAAGUAGCAAAUGCUUCAGAUAUAUGUGUAUUGUGAAUUACUGCUUAAUUAUGGAAAGCCAGUUUCUUAGGUACUAUGUGAAUAAAAUAACACAAUCAAAAAUCAAAUAUUCUUAGGGAAGCAUCUAUGUUGGUGCUGCUGCAAACUUUGUCAGAUUUCCUUUUCUUCAUUUUGAAUAAUCUGAAUUUCUUUAUCAGAAAGUAGUAAAAAUCAUAUUUUUUAUGUACAUCAUGAGACUUUAAAGGCUAUUGAUGUUUGAGUUACUUGUAUCUACAUAGAUUUCUUAAUAAGUAGGAGGUGUUAGUUUGUCUAAGAGGGGAAUUAUGAUGUGGGCUAACCUUGAUAAAAAUUAGCAUCAUCAUCAUCACCCCCAUUAGAAGGAUUAAUUUCUACAGAUAGUGCACCAAAUGAAAGUGCUAUUUUUAAAAAUAAGUUUCACUUCAUAAGAGCCUUCAAUAUUAUCUAUACUCCUAUGCUUUCUCUUCAUCUCUCUCCCAUUCUCUUUGAAGACCAGGUCACAUGCUCACCACUGUCCUUAAAUCUUGUGUCAGGAUUGUUUCUGGAUGUAAAAUCCACCAUUGGUGGCUUAAAUAAGACUUGGAACCAGAAAUCUGGAGGGUAAGUUGCAACUGGCUCUCAGCAACUGGACAAUGACUAGUCUGGCCACUAUCUCUGCCUCUCUUUUGACUUUUCUCCUUGAUUAUUUUCUCAGAUACAUAAGAAAGCUAUUCCAGCUCCAGGAAUGGCAUUUGGGAUCAGAUCAGAAAGAAAUAGAGGAACACCAGCCAUGGCCCUCUCUGCUAGAAACAGAAAAGCUUUCCAGGAAACCCCAGCAAAAUUCUGAUUAUGUUUCCACUGUGCAAGUGUGUCUGGUAAAGAAGAAAUUUCACCCUCUGGAGGGAAGGCAGCAGGGCAGGUGGGAAUUGGCAACAGUGUGGGCUCAGCCAUCCUCCUUUGCCGACUUCCUCUUUAUGGGUAAAUGACUAUGAUUUUGCUUCCUGCAUUACUCCUCCUGUCAAGUUACCUACACCUCACUCAUCAUUUCCUCUUCUCCUCAUAAUGAAAGAGGCAUCUCUCUGAUCCCUUGCCAUUUCCACGUCUGAAGGACCCUGGCUGCCAUCAUAUUCUCCCUCACUUCUAUUUCUACAUCCUUUGCCUGCUUCCUCCAAAUGCUCCUCUGUUUUCCAAGAGCUUUAAUCCCACAAGGCAUUUUCUUCCCUCCCUCCCUCUUAAAUAUGUAACACCAAACUGUUUUCCACAGUAACUGCACCAUUUUAUAUUUCCAUCAGCAAUUCACAAGGGUUCCAAUUUCUCCACGUUCUUUCCAACACUAAGGAUGGUGGGAUUUUUGUAUUUUUAAUCAUAGCUAGUCUAACAAGGGUGGUAUAGUGUGGUGGUUUUGAUUUGUAUUCUUUAGUGAUUAGUUACGUUGAGCAUCUAAACUUAUUAGCCAAUUAUAUGUUUUAUUUGAAGAAAUGUCUAUUCAUGUCCUUUGUCCAUUUUUGAAAUUAAGUUAUUGUUUUUGCUGCUGAGUUAUAGGAAUUCUUU